AUGAAGAAUUCUGUGCCUCAACUAUUGCUAAUCUGCAUCAUAGCAUUCUAUGCUGAAGAAGUCUGUAGUUCUAUUUAUAGACUAAAUAAGCGGAUAUCAAAUGUUGAAGUUAAACUGGAUACAGUCAACACUGAUAUUGCUGCUUUCCGACUGGACAUGAUAGAGGUAUGGGACAAAAUGGAGGAAAUGAACAAAUCAAUGUGUCCAACGGAGAAUCCAAAUCACUUGAUGAAGCCUAAUGUGACUGUGAUGGAAACAGCUGUGCAAGCAGAAACACAUGUAUCAUCGAGGAUGUUAUAUUCAGCUCUGCAGUCAGAAAAGAAAUUUGUGCGUGAACACAAUCAAAUGCUUGAAGAAAAUGUAAAUGCGUUGGCACAUGGACAGAAGCAUAUAGAGGUCUUGGUAAAGAAACAAUCAGAGAACAUUGAAAAAGUUGUACAGGACAUAAAAACGUUGAACAACAUGAGUGUUUUCAAGGCUGAGCACAGAAAGGCAAUUGGUAAAGUUGUAAAAGACAUAGAAACUAUAGACAGCAAAAUCCUUGUCAUGGAACAUGCACAAGAAGACACUACAGAAAAUGUGAAAUCACUGACAGAAAAUAUCAAAACAACUGCAAAAGACAUUAAAACACUGGAUCAAAAAGUAAAGAAAAUUGACCAAUUAGAAAGAGAUGUAAAAACAUUGAAAGAAACUCUGGAUACUGUAAUGAAUCAGAUGAGCACAAUGCAGCAGACUAUUAAUCAGAUAAAAGCGAGAACCCCAUGUCUUCCACGCUGGUACAGCUAUGGCCAGUCAUGUUAUUAUUUCAGUACUUCAGAAUUGUCUUGGUCAGAUGCCCUGAAUGACUGCAAGUCAAAGGGAGUCUAUCUUGCAGAACACAAGCACAGAGGUGAAGCUAAGGACCUUGCAGAGCUUGCACAAUCAAUAUCAACCAAGAUUGACAUGUACUGGGUUGGAGCAUCCGAUAUUUCCAGUGAAGGCUCCUGGAUAUGGAAAGAGUCACAUGCUAGUGUAAAUUAUAGUUACUGGACAUCAGGAAACCCUGAUAAUUAUAGAAAUGAGGACUGUAUGUCAACUUAUGUGAAUCACCAAGGGCAUUGGAAUGAUCUGAACUGUAACACAAAGAUAGGAUAUAUAUGUCAAACUGCAAAACUGGAUUAAGCAACUGCCCAUCAUCAGUUUUAUAAUUUUUAAUCCCUUAUGUUAACCUUAAAAUACCAUAGACCUUAAUGAAAACAGGUAUGUUUCACACAAGCAAUAUCUAUUAGAGAUAUCAAUAAAGGUGAUUAGUAUUCCACUUA